UUUAAUUAUAAUAUAUAUUUUUAAUGGGGUACAGCACAUAAACCUGAUUUCGUAAAAUGUUUCAGUUUUUCAUUUUAAAACCUCUAAAAUCAACGGUAUGAUUUUGCAGUUGUAUUAUUGAUUUGACAUGUUAUAUAGAAUAAUGUUUGGUAUGGUUUAGUUACGGUUUUUAAUAAAUUUUUAUGAAACCAGGGGAGUUUUACUAGUUAGCCUACCAUAACCUGAAGACGUGGCUGAAGUUGAACGAAAUCUACCCUAUAGAUACCGAUAUAUUUUGCAUGCCUAUCGCAGGGUAUGUGUUAUUAAAUAGCGAGAAUUUAAAUUAUUUUGCUUGAAAAUUCUAACCAAGUGUUUAAGACACAUUUUUUGCUGGUGGUCACAUAAAAACACUCGGCAUGCCCUUAUUAAUUUCAAAAUAGAGAUUCGUUGUUAAAAAAUGUGCUCCACUGUACAAUUAGAUAAACUAUCAAAGAAAUAACCACAAGAACCAAAUAUAAUACAACAAAGAUGUUAUGCAAAUGUAUGCACAUAGCAAAUAUGUUACUUUGUCUAUUCUGAUGAGAGUACUCAGUUACUUGUUACAGAGUCAUGUAUAACGUAUCAUGCAAAAGCUAUUGGGUUAGAUAAUGUUUUCGUAACAUGUUACAUGAACGGAUGUUUUUCUUAAAUAGCCUAUGUGAAUAUGCACUUAACAUUAUGUGAAACCGUCACAAUCAUAUAUCUUAUUGAAUGACAAUAAGUCAGUGUGUAGGUAGCCAACACGAACAUAUUAUUAACGUGAUACAUAAACGGGUACUUUCGUAUUAACGCCACCGCAGCUGCUAAAUCAGAAGUUUCCAAUAAAAACAAGCAUGUUGUGACUGACCUAACCUAACCCUUCGAUUUUUUAAAUUUCAAUUUUUGACUGUUAACGGGGUUUUGAUUUAACAUUAACCCUUCAAUUUUUUUUUAAUUCCUAUUUUUGACUGUUAACGGGGUUUUGAUUUAACAUUAAAUUUUAAACGUUCCAAACAGACCGAGGCAAGGGUUAGGUUGGGUUUGGUCAAUUACGUACUAUAUUAUGCUUUGCUGUCCUGUUGUUUGCUGAUUUAUGAUGCCAUUUUUGAGUACUACCAAAAUGUGUACUUGGAAUUUGCCAAAAACAGAUCAAGAUACAAUUUUAUGUUUUCAGGAGCGAAAUAUUUUAUCAAAAACAGGAAAUGUGAACUUAAACAAGAACCAACCUGGCCGCCGUCACAUCUACUGUAAGAGUUCGCAUUGGGUAUGCUUUGUUCGGUUGCUACUUCACAGAAGGUGUCAAGCUUAAAUAGUAUUUGACCCACAAGUAAAUUUUUUUUAACAAAUUAUUUCAUUUGUGAUGGUCUGAUGGACUACAUUACAUGGAAACCAAAUCUUUUUUUUUUUGUUUGAAACAUAUGUAGGUACCGUAGGUAUCUUAACAAAAACUUUUAUCAGAAAAAUUACAAUAGCAACAUUGGAUUAAGUAGUUAUAUGUUACUGUUAGCGGAAAAUUGAUUUCAUGUAACUUACAGUUUUUGUUUUCAUGCAGGCUAAAUUAUCUUGGUGAAAUCAGGCAGUUUUAUUUAUCCUUCAUGUAUCAAGUAGUGGAGUUUGACACUGAUAGUGGAGGAGGGGUUGGAAUUAUCCACUCUAAAUGGCUAACACCAAGAAAGAAAGAGUGUUUUUGGCCACCUUUUAAACAUUCUCAAGAGUACAAUAAAUGUCUCAGUGACGGACAGCGUCCUUGUGAAAAAUGGAGAAUUUGUGCUUUGAAGAGAAAAUUCUACAUUACUGAUGACAUAUUAAAGGCCAGAGAAAAAUUGAAAGAUGCAGAAUUUGAAUCUGACAUUGCAACUGAAUAUGAGAAUGAAUCCUCACAGAAAAGGAAGAAAAGGCCAAACAGAAGAAUUUUAUACAGCAGUGACGAAAGUAGUAGUGAUGAAUAUGACACAAAUAACCAGCUAGCCCACAAGAAGUAUCCAUCUCCACCAGAUGUGGAAGUGGCUGAGUGUCAAAGGUCUGUGAACACACCGUCCAACUCAGCAGAUUCUGUGUUCACUAGAGACUCGUCCUUCUCGCAGAAGUGUUAUUAAUUCAGAAUCGUCUUCCUCAAUUCUUUGUUCUGUGGAAAAUGGAAAUACUGUUAAUACUCAAGAUGUUACUGUGUCAGAAGAUUCCGCCAGAGAGCAAGUUGGUUUACAAGUGAUCGCUAGACAUUUGGCCAAAAUUGAGAAGCGUUUGGAUGUUAUUCAGCAAUCUGUAUCAGAAUUAUUAAAGCAGACUUUACCAGACACUGUACAGAACAUAAAUAUUUUACCAGAAGAGUUGACUCUUCCAUGCGAGACUGAAGAACAACUCAACAAAGUGGAAGAAUGGAUAUCAAUCCCAGAAAAUAAGAUAUGUAUGGAAACCACACUUGCUACAGUUGGAGGGAGAAAAGCUGAUCAUGUUGUGCGCCAUAUACUAGAGAGACUAUUCACAAAUAGAUUGGCAUUGAAAUACAAUUGGACAGGAAAAAAUCAGAAGAUAGCAUUAAAAAAUCUGCAGCUGAUGAAGAUUAUACCUGGUGAGUCAAAACGCAUAGAAUACUAUUUUAGCUGCUGUUAGAAGAAAUAAAUCCACUAGCAACAUCUGUGAUGAUGAUGUGAAUACCAUUUUACGGAACUGGUUCCGUUUCGCAAAGGACAGGGAUGGAGGUCGAGACAGCAGAAGACAGUCGGCUAAAUAGAAAAAGACAUCAGAAAAAUGUCUACUGUGGAAGUUCAAAGAGAACUAAUUUGCGAAAAGUGGCAGUUCGUUCAAAAGAAAUUUGUCAAGAAUUAUGUAAUGAAAUUCAGCACAAUUAUGUAAAUGUUACUGUAAACACACACACUAACAAUCAUGGUGCUGAUUCAAACAAUGCAGGUAUUUCUACAAAUAAUAAUGAUUACAUAUGCAGCAGUAUUAGUAGUAUAAGUAGUACUGAUGAUGAUUCUUCAGUUGAAGAAAUUGAAAAUUCUGAACUUAGUGCUAACAUUGUUCCUGUUGAACAAAAAUUAGUUUAUUGGAUGUACAGUUAUAACAUACCACAUAAUGCAGCAACAGCUUUGUUGCACAUUUUAAAACCACAUAUGUCAGGUCUGCCCCUUGAUUCACGCUCUUUGCUUCACACUCCAAGGUGCUCAGUAGUGGAUACACAUACCUCAGGCCUUUUCAAAUACUUUGGUGUAGAAAAAAAUCUAGUGAAAAGAGCCCUAACUGGAUUAAAACCUUGUCACUAUCCAUUGCUAAGAAACAUUUACAGGGACUAUAGUUCAGAAAAUAUGGUGACAAUUUCUGUUAAUGUUGAUGGACUACCAUUAUUUUCCAGUUCAAAUAAAUCAUUCUGGGUUUUGUUGGGUAUACUUGACCAGGCUGUUGACAGGUGUCCUUUUGUAGUUGCAGUAUAUUAUGGUGCAUCAAAGCCUUCAGAUGCUACAGAAUUUCUUCAGCCAUUUGUAAAUGAAUGUGUGUUCCUUGAAAGAAAUGGAAUAAAUAUAACGAACAAGCACUAUAAGUUUUGUGUCAGUUGUGUAAUUGCUGAUGCACCAGCAAGGUCAUUUGUGAAAUCUGUAGUUGGCCAUAAUUCACUAAAUGGAUGUGAGAAGUGUGUUCAAAAAGGGAAAUACUAUGGUAGAACAACAUGGCCGUACAAAAUUGAUUGUUCACUGAGGUCUGAUGAGUCAUUUAAAUACAUGGAAUACCCAUACCAUCAGAAAUCAAUAUCAGUGUUAUCUAGUUUGCAAUUAGGACUUGUGUCUCAGGUUCCAUUGGACUAUUUACAUUUAAUUUGCUUGGGGGUAAUGAAACGAUUGAUACGCAUAUGGUGUGAUACUGGCCUUAGGAAAGGGAAGUUAAGUUCAAAAAGCAUUGAUACUCUUUCUAACAGAAUGCAGAUAUUGAGAAAGCAUACUCCUAAAGAAUUUUCUCGCAAACCAAGACGCGUGAAAUUGUUUAAAUUUUGGAAAGGUACUGAAUUCAGAUCUUUUUUAUUGUAUUUUGGACCAGUUGUUUUAGUUAAAGUUUUGCCCAGGAGUUUAUUUGAGCAUUUCAUGUUACUUCAUACGGCUGUUUAUGUUUUUGCAAGUGACAUCGGUGAACAAAACUCAUGGAGAAAGUAUGCAAAUGAUUUGAUGCAUGUUUUUGUCAAAGAAAUACCUGCAUUGUAUGGAAAGGAAGUACUUGUUUACAAUUUUCAUAAUUUGUUACACCUAGCAGAUGAUGUAGCCAAUUUUGGUAAACUUGAUCACUUCUCUGCUUUCCCCUUUGAAAACUUCAUGAAAAAAUUUAAAAAAAAAAGUUCGUGCACCAAACAAUCCAUUGCAACAAGUAGUGAAGCGAUUAUGUGAAGAUGCGUCGUGUUGUUUAAAAACAACAAAACAGUCAUCUGUUGUCAAAAAUGUUGAUGGUUCAAUAAGGUAUGUUGUGUUUG